AUAACAACGGCGAUUUCGGGAAUGGCUUGGGUUAAUGGAUUCAAUGGUAAUUAAAAAACAUUGAUUUGAAGAGGGAACAUUUCCCUCUGCGAGAUUCGAGUAUUUUCAAUGGCAUCAGCUACUAGUUCCCGGAGGCAAGGGGAUGCUGAAGCUGGACGCCGUAAGUUUGAGCAGUUUCGUAAAAAAAAAGAAGCAGAACGAGCUAAAAAGGCAUCAAAGAGUAGUACCACACAGCCUGUUGUUGAUAAUAGCCAACAAAGUGUCACAGAUUCAGAUGGAGUUGUUGCAUCUAUGUCUAAUGGACCUGUCAACCAAUCUGCUGAAACUUCUUCAAAUGAAACGCAUACCAAAUCCUCGUUUUCUGGAGAUGUAUAUAAUUUAUCGUUUUCGAAUAUAGCACCGAAUGAUGGAAGCAAAGAAAGAAGUCAACAAGAUGAUGGGCAGGAAUCAGUGGGCAAAGUUGAUUUUUCUAAUAGCUUAGAGUUGAUAGGUUCCUCUAAGGACUUAACAGUGAAUACUAGGCCUGAAGAUGUACCUUAUAGCAAUAUAGACAAGCAAUCGAGUGAAAGUUUUGGUCUUGCUUCUACUCUAAGACAAAGUGAUGGUGUUCCCAAAGACACAUCUCCUUUUUCUGGAACCUCAAUGCAAAUGGACGGUUUCGUUCACGGCAGUGGAUUAUUCUCAUCUAGAAAAGACUCUCUACAACCUACUACCAGGAUGGCAGGGUCUUUUCACGAAGUUGCCAAAAACCAACAGGGAAGUGGUGAACUAGGAGGAGGUAGCAUUGUGCAGAAGCCAACUUUUUCUAGCAGUUAUUUGUUUAGUUCUCCAGUCACAUCAUCUCGACCUUCUGAAUCUUCAGAUUUCAGUGUAAAUAUCACAAGCUCUUCACCAUUAAACUCAGCUAAAAGUGAAGCAACUGUGAAGAGAUCUCGUCCGUCUUUCCUUGAUUCCCUCAAUAUUUCAAGAGCUCCAGACACUCAAUAUCAACACCCUGAGAUAAAAGCGGAUUUGGUUACAUCCAGUGGUUCCCAACUAACUGGCAGUGAUGGUUUUGAGCCAUCUUAUAUAUCAGGGAGAAGAGACAGUAAUGGACCAUUGACAAGCGGAGCAUCUGAUAUUCCUAAUCCAUUUGAAAAAUUCCGGAGUUCUUUGUAUCCUGCUGCCAAUGGAGUAAUGCCAGAUUUUACUGAUUUCUCCAUGCCGAAACAAAAUGAUGAUUUUACUGCUCUGGAACAGCAUAUUGAGGAUUUAACACAGGAAAAGUUUUCACUGCAAAGGGAUCUUGAUGCUUCACGUGCACUGGCAGAGUCCUUAGCAUCAGAAAAUUCUUCGAUGACAGAAACUUAUAAUCAGCAGAGAGGUCUUGUCAACCAACUAAAAGAUGACAUGGAGAGGCUAUAUCAACAGAUCCAAGCCCAAAUGGGGGAACUUGAGUCUGUCAGGAUUGAGUAUGCAAAUGCGCAGCUAGAAUGUAGUGCUGCUGAUGAGCGUUCCCAAAUACUGGCUUCUGAAGUCAUCAGUUUGGAAGAUAAGGCUCUCAGACUCAGAUCUAAUGAGUUAAAGCUGGAGAGGGAACUGGAGAAUGCACAAGCAGAGAUGUUAUCUUACAAGAAAAAAUUACAGAGCCUAGAGAAAGAUCGUCAAGAUUUACAAUCUACUAUUAAAGCUCUUCAGGAAGAGAAGAAGGUCCUACAGACUAUGGUGCAGAAAGCUUCCUCUGGUGGGAAAUCCACUGAUCUGAGUAAAAGCUCAACUAGCAGAAAAAACGCGUCAACCUCUACAGAAGGUCUCGCAAUCUCAGAUACUACGCCAGAGAGCUCCAACCAGGAAACAGAUUCUACUACUCUGCUCGAAAAUGAUUUAUCUAAUACAGCUAUCAUUCCUGAAACUGGACAAUUAACUCUUGAAGGGUUUUCAUUAAGCGUCCCAGCUGAUCAGAUGAGAGUGAUUCAUAACAUUAAUACACUAAUUGCUGAGUUAGCAAUUGAGAAGGAAGAACUGGUGCAAGCGCUGUCAUCUGAGUUAUCUCGAAGUGCGCAGGUGCAGGAGCGGAACAAAGAGUUAUCCAGAAAACUUGAAGCGCAGACUAAAAGGUUAGAGCUUGUAACAGCACAGAAGAUGGCCAUAGACAAUGUUUCACCUGAAAAGCAGCAGCCGGAUUCUCAUGUUGUUCAAGAGAGAACACCAAUUGCAGAUGAAGGCGAUGAGGUGGUAGAAAGGGUUCUAGGAUGGAUCAUGAAGAUGUUCCCAGGAGGACCGUCGAAAAGAAGGACAAGCAAGCUUCUCUAAUGGAUGGCUUGCUCAGUCGUGACCCUUGUUGCUGUUCUGUAUAUCUCGGGCACAGCCAUGGAUUGCUUCUUCUCCUUUAGUUUUGGAAGAAUUCAUUUGGUUCUUUUGAUCCAAAAUUUUGGAUUUCAUUGGAUUGAGCAAAAAUGGUAUAGUGAGAGACACCUUGAAGGGUUCCAAAUGGAUAGAGGAGACAUGGAAGCUUAAACAGAGAGAAAGGUAGUUUAUAUGAGUGCGUUUUUGACUGAAUUUU